AUGGGUUCAAGGGACAAGGACCAAACGACAUCGCAUCAUCAGCCUCUUCUGAGCAGCCUUGUCGUCCGGCCCUCCACCAGCGACGGCGGUGGCGAUGGAGGUGGCCGUGGCAGCGAUUACGAGCUCGGCGAGGUUCGCCGUGAGCCUCCUCAGUACACUCGUUCGGAUCGUUACAACGAUGAUCCUGGAUAUAGAAUGCGUGCAGGUUCUGCUUCUCCUGUACACCGCAGGGAUGCAGAUCAUCGAUACAGUUCUGAGUAUGAUCAUUCAGGUGGUCCCCUACGCGGUCGUGAGUUUGGCAGUGCGCGGGAUUCCGGUAGAUAUCGAGACAACUCACCCCAUUAUGCUAGAGGAAGGGGUGCUGGCAGACCAUUCAGUAGAGGUUUAGAUGGGCCGGGGCCUGGCCCUGGGCCGUUCAGAGGUGAAGGGAGUAGAAAUAAUCCAAAUGUGCGCCAAAGGCUUGGAGACUGGAUUUGUCCAGAUCCUUUAUGUGGCAACCUGAACUUUGCAAGGCGAGAGUACUGCAACAACUGCAACAAGUUCCGCUACGGACCUGGUGGAAGUCCUCGAAGAGGUUAUCCUGGCCCACCACCUCCCAGUGGUCCUCCUAGACGCUUCCCUGGUCCUCCAGUUGAUCCUCCACUUGGAAGGAGCUUGAAUGGUGGCUAUAGGUCUCCACCUCGUGGCUGGGCUAGAGAUGGCCCUAGAGAUUUUGGCGCUGGGAUGCCACCUCCAAGGCAUGAAGGCAGGUUUCCUGACCAUCAAAUGCGAAGAGAUCGGUUGGAUUACUCAGACAACCAUAGAGGAAGAACCAAGUUCGAUCGGCCAAUGCCCAUGGAUUGGGGUAAUAGGGAUCGCGGAAGGGAUAGCUUCUUUAAUGAACGGAAAGCAUUCGAAAGGCGACUGCCCUCUCCUCCUUCACCACCACCACCAGCAGCCCACCGUGGCCGAUGGGCACAUGAUGUUAGAGAGAGAAGCCGGUCCCCAUUAAGGGGUGGGCCACCGCCAAAAGAUUAUAACCGGCCUAUGUACAUGGAUCGAGGACGAGAUGAUCGUCGCGGUAUGGGGCGAGGCCGAAUUGGAGAUGCAUAUUAA